AUGGAGAUUGAUAAUCAAAAGGCCGAGCAGGACAACGAGGUUUCAUCAGAACUAUCUAAUACCGGUGAAUUUUUUUCACGACAAGACAUUAGUGAUAGAAAAGAUGAGGACGAAGAAGAAGAGGAGGAGGAAGAGGAAGAUAAAAUUGUGGAGAAGUCACACAACAGCCGUUUCCAUAAAAGAAAUAAACGAUUCCCAAAACAAAUCGAAGGGGUUGACAAUGCGUUCGUCGCAAUAGAACCAAAAUCUGGCAAGGAAGUCAUAUGGAACGAAUGUAUUCUACCUGAGAAGAAAACUGACAAAGAAAAUAGAUACCUUUCUUUGAUCAAAAAGCUGAAGAAAAACUCCCAUCCCUUUCUCGUGCGUUUUCUAGACGCCUGGGUAUCAAAGACAGAAGAAGGACCGCGCAAGCUGGUCUUCAUCACUGAGCGUCUCGAUGAGUGUACAUUAAAACAGUUUUUGUGCAAUUCUGCGAAAAAUAACCGCUUAUGGAACAGACACGUUGGUCAGCUCCUCUCUGUUCUGAUGUUUCUCCACCGCCUUGGUGUUGCUCAUGGUAAUCUGACUAAGGAGUCAAUAUACUAUCAAACUCGGGAAACCUGA